AUGGCGUCUGGUUGCCUGGUUUUGGUGGUCGGCUCGUGGAACGGAGAUCGUGUGUAAUAACUCUCCCGUAUAUAUAGAUACAUACAUAAUAAGUAAAACCAAGUGUUUGUUUCGCUAUAAUUGUUAUCAACUCCAUAAUCACAAUUUUUUCACCAAGAUGACGCAAUCACUCAAUGAACGGAUUAAAACUGGAACAUAUUUGUCAUCGAAAGUAAGUGAAGCACCACAUUAAAUGUGAGAUCUGACAGUACGUAACAUAUAAUAUUAAAAAAAGUGAUCAACGACUGAAUCAGAGUUCGGAGAAGGUUAAGAAAUUAAUAUCAACAAUAGAGGCACGUCAAAAUUAGGCUCUCAAUUAUAGGAUAACAUGUGCGUCAAAGCAUCAUGGAGAUAAAACUAAUACGAUUAUUAAAGCCCAGAAUAUUUUCCUGGGUUAUUAAAUUCUUACUUCUCAUCUCGAUCAGUUCAGUUUUCCAUGUGUCAUUGGCAGAACAAAAUGUAACAUCUGGAACUCAAAACACAAAAAUACUAAGUAGUACAGUCUCAUUACUACCGUCAGUGCGUCCAAUCACUUUAAAAAAUGAAACAGUCAACCAAAGGGAAGAAAAAACCUCGACAUCAAAUAGUCCGCAUGUUACUGAAACUCCGUCAAACUCGACUCAAACUAGAAAAAAAUCUGAAAAUGAAACGAAACCGACUCCGGACGUCGAGCCAGGAGAAAAGCCUCCUCACAUCACAACAGAGAGAAGUGUAAAAGGUAAGCCAAGCGAAUCGAUUUCCAUGCCAUCAGCAGAAGCUACCAACAGCACAAACAUCAGUACAACCACUGCAACACCUGUGGAACCAGUAUUACCGGAUAAAGGAUCAGCAGAGGAGGAGCACAACAGUUCCAUGUCCAUCUUCUUCGUCCUUUGCAUCCUCGCUCUGGGUAUCCUCCUCAUUCAUCUGAUGUUACAAACAAAUUUCCAGUACCUCCCAGAAUCUGUGGUGAUUGUGUUUCUCGGUGGGGCGAUUGGUAUGAUAAUCAACAUGAUGUCCCACAAAAACAUUGCAAAUUGGAAGAAGGAAGAGGUUCUUUCACCAACAGCUUUCUUCCUCGUUUUAUUACCACCAAUUAUCUUUGAAUCUGGAUAUAAUCUUCAUAAGGGUAAUUUCUUUCAAAACAUCGGAAGUAUACUGGUAUUUGCUAUUUUCGGCACUGCAAUAUCAGCCUUCGUCGUAGGAGCUGGAAUUUAUCUACUCGGACUGGCACAAGUUGCCUAUAAACUGAGUUUCGUCGAGAGUUUCGCAUUUGGAUCAUUAAUUUCUGCAGUUGACCCAGUAGCAACAGUCGCUAUAUUCCAUGCUUUAGAUGUUGAUCCUGUGUUGAACAUGCUGGUAUUUGGAGAAUCAAUUCUCAACGACGCUAUUGCUAUUGUUCUAACAACAUCUGUUCUCGAAUCGAAUAAUGGAGCUACUACUGGUGAAGCCAUUGUUCUUGGUUUGAAUAGAUUUUGUUUAAUGUUCUUCGCUUCAGCGGGGAUUGGCGUUGUGUUUGCGCUAAUAAGUGCGUUAUUACUGAAACAUGUAGACUUGAGAAAAAAUCCUUCGUUGGAGUUUGGAAUAAUGUUGGUAUUUACUUACGCACCUUAUGCACUUGCGGAAGGAAUACAUUUAUCCGGAAUUAUGGCGAUUUUGUUCAAUGGAAUUGUCAUGUCACAUUAUACGCAUUUUAAUCUAUCCACAGUUACACAGAUUACGAUGCAGCAGACCAUGAGGACACUGGCAUUUAUUGCCGAAACUUGUGUUUUCGCAUAUCUGGGAUUGGCAUUAUUUAGCUUCAGACAUCGAUUUGAACCGGCUCUAGUCGUCUGGUCGCUAAUUUUAUGUCUCAUUGGUAGAGCAGCCAACAUUUUUCCACUGGCCCUGCUUGUCAAUCGCUUCAGGGAACAUCGGAUUACCAAGAAGAUGAUGUUUAUUAUGUGGUUUAGUGGCCUGAGAGGAGCUAUUUCUUAUGCACUAUCACUACAUUUGAAUUUCAGUGAUGAAACUAGACAUGUCAUCAUUACUACAACACUCAUCAUUGUUUUGUUUACAACUUUGGUGUUUGGAGGAUCGACCAUGCCGCUCUUGAAGUUUUUAAGGGCGGAAAAGAAGCAGAAGAACAGUAGGAGGAAGCGGAGAGACAAGGAAAUUUCUCUGAGUAAAACUCGGGAAUGGGGACAAACGAUCGAUUCCGAACAUUUAUCAGAAUUCACUGAAGAAGAAAUGGAGGUAUCCUUCAUGCAAUCAAGAAUUCGUGGAUUUGCUCGGUGGGAUCUCAAGUUCUUUAUUCCUUUCUUCACUCGUCGGUUUACACAACAAGAAUUGAAAGACUGCAAAUCUCAGAUGACAGAUUUAACGAAUCAAUGGUAUCAAGCUAUUAGAAUAAGCCCGAUGGAAUCUGACGAGGAAACGACAACGGCAUCAACAACGCAUUUGACUGCUGUCGGUACACCAAUGGAGACUAGGAGUGAGAGUGGCCAUAGUUCCGAGAAAAAAGGACGUCCAAGUCAUGGACUUUUCGAGGAUUUGUCCGAUUGAUAGUUGAUUUAGAGAUCGACUCACUGCAGGAGGAUUAUUGGAGAGAGGCUGAAAAUGAUUAUUUCCGCUAUUUCAUUAUUUUAUAGUAGAAAAUAUUUCAUAUGUUAAAAAUAGAAAAUUUAAUGCCAAAUUAGCAGGGUUUUUGUACCAAACGGCUGGCCGGAGGGUAUUAGUUAGUCAUUUAUAGUGAAAAAAUUUUCGUUUACGAAAACAUUUUUUUUCCGGAGAGAAAAAUAUUGUUCCUGUCGCUGUGCCUGUUAAAUCACCCCGCUUAAUUGGAAUGCCGUUUUCGGGCCCAGCAACAUGUAAUAAUAUUCAUUCGUUGGUAAAUGCCAUUUUGACAGAUGUGAUACGAAGGCAAGCCCUGUAAAUCUCAUAUUUGUCAAACAUGUCCUUUCUCAAUUCAUACGUUAAUAUACUAUUAUUCCGUCCAAGAUUUAUAUUUGAACGAUUAUGUAGAAUAAUUUCUUCAGUUGUUUUUCAACCAUACUUGAUGUAUGUAUUUAUGUGUGAGAGCGACAGAAGGAUGUAGUAUCAUAACAAUUCUGUCUAAUGAUGUCUAAUAAAUCAAAAGUGAGUGUCCCAAUGG